AUGACCGCAAGCUACCAGACGCCCGACGCUGCCUGGGGCUUCCUCCGCCGCUGCUUCGGCGCCGCCGCUGCGUCCCCCUCGGCGCCCUCUCGGCCACGCAGGUGCUUGUCCGCCGCCAACAUCAAGUCGUCCAACCUGCUGCUCCGGCCGGACCCCGACGCGGCCGUGCUGUCCGACUACUGCCUGCACCAGCUCUUCCCGCCGGCGCCCGCGCGCUCCGGCAGUGGGGCCGGCGUCGGUGGCGGGUACCGCGCGCUGGAGCUGGCGGACGCGCGCCGCCCGACGUUGGCGUCCGACGUGUACGCGCUCGGCGUGCUGCUCCUGGAGAUCCUGACGGGCAGGUCCCCUGCGCACCACGCGUCGUCCGGGUCCGGCCUGCUAGACGGCGGCGGCAGCGGAGCGCUGGACCUCCCGCGGUGGGUGCAGUCGGUGGUGCGUGAGGAGUGGACGGCCGAGGUGCUCGACGCGGAGCUGGUGCGGGCGGGCAGCAGCACCGCGGAGGAGGAGAUGGUGGCGCUGCUGCAGGUGGCCAAAACCCAAACAAACCCCCCCGCUCCGUCGCCCGGACCCCGCCGUCGCCGCGGCAUUUAA